AUGGCUGGCACCGCAUCCUCCACCCUCAACACCCCCACAACCGACUCCACCACACCAGAAAAACAACCGCCACCUCCUCCACCCGGCCAAAGGAAAAACGGCAAAUCCUGGCACCCACCCCGCGCCGCCUUCCGCCCUCUCUCUAACCGCACCACCCACAGUCACAGCAGUUACCGCAAGCGCAUCUCCCUCGCCCAGACAGCCCAGGCGACCAAGACGCUCGAGCGCGAGAUGAAAGCCGAGAGAGCGGUGGAACGGGAUCGGCGCGUGCAGGCGAUCAAAGAUCGGCGGAAGGCAAGGGAGGAGAAGGAGCGCUUUGAGCGGAUGGGGGAGAAGAUGCAUGCACGGAUUGUGGAGAGGAGGAGGAGGAGGGAGGGGAGGAGGAGGAAGGGAAAUAAGGUGCUUUAG